UUUUUUUUUUUUUUUUUUUUGGUGGCUGGUCCUUUUCCCUCCCUCUCUCCAUCCACCUGCCCGACUCCAACCCUGCGCUCCGGGCUAGGAGCAGGGGAAGACCCCCACUUGGUCCCUGGCUCGCUGACCGCUCCCCACCGGACCCUCCCUCCAGCUGCCCCCAUGCUGCCCACCCCCGGAGGGGCACCGGGCUGGGAAGGAGCAGGGUCCCACCCGGGCAGAGGGGCCACCCGGGUGUUGGUGCCAGAAGAAACGAAUGAUUGAUGGGGAACAGACACAAGGCUGUAGACACUCAUCCUUUUGCUCCGGAUACUGAUUUAUCAGCGCUCCUGGAUGCCCCUUGGGAUCCGUGAGCAGAGAGGAUCACUCAGGGUUAUUGGCAGUACAAUUGAAGAACCACCGCUUGGCUAAAUUAUCAUCUAAUUCUCGCAUCUUUUACAAAAACAACAACAAAAGAAACCCUCUUAUAGACACAUUGUAAGACAAAAAAAAAAAGAGCUCCAAGCUAAUGUCAAAGGCUGUCACUUGAGUAUGUUAGGCUUUCACCAAAGUACUAAAUUUACCCGAAAAAGCACUGCUCUAUCCUGACUGUUUCGCCCCACCCCUGGUUUUGGAUCCCGGGUUGGGACUCAUACACCAACCUGUAUGUAAACUAUCUCGAUUCUGUUGAAACAAGCCCUGGUUCAAGUUGUCCAGGAGACUUCCCCAGGAUUUAGAAAUGUAUUUCUCCAGAUUCUUGUCACUUCACGCCCUUUGGGUCACCGUGAGUUCAGUGAUGCAGCAUUAUCCAUCCGUGUGGGGACAUUACGAUGUAUGCAAGACUCAGAUUUACACGGAAGAAGGGAUAGUUUGGGAUUACAUGGCCUGCCAGCCGGAAGCCACAGAUAUGACAAAAUACUUGAAAGUGAAACUGGAUCCCCCUGACAUUACCUGCGGAGAUCCUCCAGAGACGUUCUGUGCAAUGGGAAACCCCUACAUGUGCAAUAAUGAAUGUGAUGCAAGCACCCCAGAGCUGGCACACCCCCCCGAGCUGAUGUUUGAUUUUGAAGGAAGACACCCCUCCACAUUUUGGCAGUCUGCUACUUGGAAGGAUUACCCCAAGCCUCUCCAGGUUAACAUUACUCUGUCUUGGAACAAAACGAUUGAGCUCACAGAUAACAUAGUUAUUACCUUUGAAUCGGGGCGUCCAGACCAAAUGAUCCUGGAAAAAUCUCUUGACUAUGGACAGACAUGGCAGCCCUAUCAGUAUUACGCCACAGACUGCUUAGACGCUUUCCACAUGGAUCCCAAAUCUGUGAAGGAUUUAUCGCAGCAAACAGCCUUAGAGAUCAUUUGCACAGAAGAGUACUCCACGGGGUACAUGACAAAUAGUAAAAUAAUCCACUUUGAAAUCAAAGAUAGAUUUGCGUUUUUUGCUGGUCCUCGGCUUCGCAACAUGGCUUCCCUCUAUGGUCAUCUUGACACGAUCAAGAAUCUUAGAGAUUUCUUUACCAUCACAGACCUGAGGAUAAGACUGCUAAGGCCAGCUACCGGGGAAAUAUUUGUAGACGAGCUACACUUGACACGUUACUUUUAUGCAAUCUCAGACAUAAAGGUACACGGAAGGUGCAAGUGUAAUCUUCAUGCCACUGUCUGUGUCUUUGACAACAGUAAAUUGUCUUGUGAAUGUGAGCACAAUACUACGGGCCCAGAUUGUGGGCGGUGCAAGAAGAAUUAUCACGGUCGUCCGUGGAGUCCUGGCUCCUAUCUGCCCAUCCCGAAAGGCACUGCAAAUACCUGUAUUCCUAGUAUUUCCAGUAUUGGUAACUGUGAAUGCUUCGGCCACUCCAAUCGGUGCAGUUAUAUCGAGCUGCUAAAUACAGUCAUAUGCGUGAGCUGUAAACACAACACUAGAGGGCAGCACUGUGAGUUAUGCAGGCUGGGCUACUUCAGAAAUGCUUCUGCAGAGCUGGACGAUGAAAAUGUAUGCAUAGAGUGUUAUUGUAAUCCUUUUGGCUCAAUCCAUGACCGCUGUAAUGACACAGGAUAUUGUGAGUGUAAGGAGGGAACAUCAGGGCCUAAAUGUGAUGAGUGUCUGCCUGGGAAUUACUGGCUCGAGGGCUGUCGACCAAACGUGUGUGACAACGAAUUACUGCACUGCCAGAACGGAGGGACAUGCCACAACAAUGUGAGAUGCCAGUGCCCGGCCGCCUACACUGGCAUUCUGUGCGAGAAGCUCAAGUGCGAGAAGGAGGUUGGGGGCUGCAGCUCCCGCUCUAACCAGGCCGCCCAUCCCCAGGCUCCACUCUUACUGCUGACUGCACUGCUGGGAACCGUGGGGCCAUACCUGCUCUAGGCUCCUACUGGUCGAUGGCCUCGAGUUCAGCUUGCUGGCCGGACUUUGGAAAAAGAAAUCGAACCCAAGCAUUUGCUACUAACGUAGAAAAAUACAGACACACACACACGCACACAAACACACACGCGUAUAUAUCUAUAAACUAAGAAGGCCUAACUGAACUAAGCCAUAUUUAUCCAUUGUGGACAGCAGUUCGAGUCAAGACUGUUAAUUUCUGACUCAAGACAAGUUGGCAGCUGCUGAUAUUAUUACUACAAAUCACGAUGCCAGCUGCAGAGCUUACGCUGGAUUGAAAAGGCUGUGACAGCCCCCAAACAGGAAAAAAAAAAAAAAGACAUACAAAAACAUUUGCUCCUCUAAUAUGGUGCGCUUCUGUACCUCUGCCCAGUGUGUGGACCAACCAAAUAGAGGCAUUCUUUGCUGUCAGUGCAUUGUGGGUAUAAGGAAAUCUGUUAAAGCUGCCAUAUUGGCCUGCUUCAGUCCCUGAGUCCUUCCCGACCUGUGCUUUAGUGAACGUUGCUCUGUUACCCUUGUUGGUUGAAAGAUUUCUUUGUCCGAUGUUAGUGAUGCACAUGUGUAACAGCCCCCUCAAAAAAAGCAACAAAAAACAAACAAAAAAAAACCCCUCAAGCCAGUCAUAUCCUUGUAUAUCUUAGCAGCACUGUAUCAACCCCAGUGCUGGUGCACACCUACUUUUCAAGAGUGGCUCUAGGAAAAAAAAAAGUGUAUUUAUCCUUUUGUAUUCAAAUGAAGUUAUUUUUCUUGAACUAAUGUAAUAUGUAGAUUUUUGUAUUAUUGCCAAUUUUAGUUUAUCAGACAAUCUGUUCAUGUAUUUUAUCCUAUUCAAAUAAGAGAAUUACAUUUGAUUUUGUCCUUUUUUUGGGUUUUGUUUAAUUGUGCAGAGAUUUCUCUGUAUGGGCAACGUGCUGGCAUCAAAGAAUAUCAGUUUACAUAUAUAAAAAGUGUAAUAAGAUUCCACCAAAGGACAUUCUAAAUGUUUUCUUGUUGCUUUAACACUGGAAGAUUUAAAAGAAUAAAAAUUCCUGCGUAAACUAUUUCGGGAACUUGUAUUGCAAUUUCUUAAUGUGAAAGAAGAAGGCAACAAGCAGGUUACUGAUUGUUUUCCCAUUUGUGAUGGGGGCUGAAUGUAUUUUCAGCAGCAGAAUCAGUGCAUAUGGCAAAAGGGGUUGAUCAUGAUCUUGGACAACCUCUGCAAUUAAGAGAGUGUUUUCACUUGAGGAAAAUUGUGAAAACAACAUAAAGCAUUACUCUAACUCAUUUACUAAAGAUAUGUCAAAAUCACUUGGCAGAGAAUUAAAGAGACUUAUUUUUAGAUCAUGUAACUUCCACAGAUUGACAGUAAUUAAGUAAAUCUAGGGUUGCUAAAAUAUGUCUCUGCAAAUAUGCAAUGUUUCUGUAACGUGCACACUGAGGGAUAGAGGGAAGUAGCAGGAAAAUCAAGAAGCUAGUGCUUUGACAUUAAAUACAUUCAGAUUUAAUAUUUAAAUGGUAUGUUUGAAUAUCCAACAGCCAGUAGAUAAAAAGUGCUGUUUCAACAAAUAAAAUUUGUUUCAAGUAUUGCCCAAGGUGUAAUAAAUUCUUGUUUCUGCCUUUGAUCAGUCCAAUUACAGGCUAUGACUGCAAGGCAAAGGGAAAUAUGUAGAUGCAAAAGGAGCCUCGACAAUAUCUCAAAGAUGUAAAGAAAUAAUAAUAUUAAAUCAGAAAGAAAAUCUAAAAAGAUAUGGAUUCUGUUCCCAAAGGGUUUCAUCUUGUAUAUACUCCACAUGUUACUCAUGUGAACCUCUGAAAUAAAGCCAAAGAAUAUGCAAAAGUCAGUGUUUUCAGAGUAAAAUUGUACCUGACUUUAAGUUCCUUGGUGAUGAGAUAGCACAGGAUCCCCCUACAUACUUUAGAUGAGUUAGUAACUGUCCUUUUACUUGGGGGUGAGGAGGUGGGGAGGAGAAAGAAAGAAAAGUGAUGUCUUCUGGACAAAUACUGGGUAAAUAUUAUGGGAGGGUAUAGCUUGUCUUUUCGGUAUUGUUUCUAAAAAAGCCAAUUUGAAAAAAGCAAUAAAGGUAAACAGGUAAUGUUUGUGCAGCCUGCCACCUGACGGCCCAACCUAUUGAAUGUUUGUUAUUCAAACAGGCAAUCUCUUUCGAUGUAUAAAAUGAAGGAAGGUGGAGAUAAAUUACAGUUUUGGCUACAUGCCAGGGGUCCCAGUAGAAAUUGUAGAUUUACAUUAGAUGCAUACUCAUGACAAUAAACAGAAAAUUUAACUGCUGGCUCACUGAAAAAUAUGAAUGCAAAUAUAGGUACAUAUGGAGUGGGAGAUUAAUUAUAAUUAAGCAGAUUUCUAAUAUUAAAAUUGGAAUUAAAGUUGUCUUAAAGUUUAUUAGCACAAAUCAAAUUCAGGCUGGGUAAUUAUUGGAAAAGAUGCACUUUAACUCUCAUUAUACACUCAAGGCUUUGUCAAAUGCUCAGGAGCUGUAGUCUGCAUGUUGGAAUAUAUGGGAUUUUUGGAAGCCAAUUCUGAAGUUUAAUGAAUAUCAGAUCUUGAAUCAUUUCAUCUGCAUUUCAAUUUUAUGCAGAUAUAAUCCUCUAAAUCUAUGUGGAAUGCAUUGCUUUCAAGAUAUUUAGAUGUAGUUUCCUGCAUUUUCUGAAAUACCACAGCUGGCUUUUAAUAAAGUGAUCCUUUUAGGUGUAUA